CGCAAUAUAUACACGGAUAUGUGUAAAGUUGCUAAAAUUUAUUCAUUUUUUGUUUUGCUUGACCUGCAACGCCACGCGUAUUUGCCAAUACUUUUUUCCACGCGCACAUGACGAUAUUGGCAUUUGCUUCUGGGCAUUGUCUCUGCUUGCCAACCUUAUCUGCGACUCGCCCCUCUUUCAUUUUUCAUUUUUAUUUUCCGUUAUACUUCAUUGUACUUUUGUCUCUCUCUCUCUCUCUUUCUCUUUCUGUCUUUUCUCUUCAAGAAAAGGCCAAGUCGAAUACGGGAUAAAAAAUGACCAUGCUGAGCUCGCAGCCGCCAGCUCCACACGUGUCCGUCACAAAACCACCCCUACACGCGCAGCCCGGCGGCCCGAGGUUAUGCGCAGAGAGCACCCGAAGCAUUAACCAGCUCUCAGGCAAAAUCUUCGCCCACCAACUCAGCCUGCCACGGCUCCCCGUCCCCCCACUCUUACAAACCCUUUCCAAAUACGCGCAAUCCCUAGAGCCACUGCUCUCCCCCGACGACCUAUCCAAAAGCAAACGCAUAAUCAGCGAAUUUGCGCGCUCAAGGCAAGCUGAUGAGUUGCAAAGCCGGCUGGAGGCGCGAGCGGCAGACCCGGAAUGUGCCAAUUGGCUAGAGGAGUGGUGGGACGAGCUCAGCUACAUGGCUUGCAGACAGCCGGUUAUCCCCUAUGUUAGCUACCAUUACUCAUUCAACAACGACCCCGGAUGUACGCGGGCUAACCAGCGCGCGGCAAAGCUGGUUUGUGGAGCGUUGGAUUUUCGCCGGAUGCUCGUCAAUGGGGUGUUGGAGCCGGAUAUGGCAAAGACAGGGCCGUUGUGCAGCCACAGUUACAACCAUAUGUUCAACGCAUGUCGCAUUCCCGCACGCCCCUCAGACCACUGCAGACUAUCGUCUUAUGCCCGAGAAAGUAUUGUGGUUAUACGGAGUAAUCGCUUUUUUUCUUUUACUUUUGCGCACUCUGAUGGCUCGUUAUUGUGUGCUGACGAGAUUGAGGGUGUUCUGGAUCGUAUUGUUGCCGCUGCUGCCACAAAAGAUGACAGCGGCAAUGGCAGCAAUAAUGUGGUUCUUCCUGUGGGAAUCCUGACCGCAGAUAAUCGCGACUCGUGGGCAGAUACCCGCCAGGAGUUAAUGCGUUUGUCAGAGGAGAAUGCCUGGGUGUUGGAUGAGAUUGAAGCAUCGGCAUUCGUCGUGUCCCUGGAGCCUGGUGCGCCGGAGAGCGCGGAGGAGUUCAGUCGUGCUGUGUGGCAUGGGGAUGGCCGCAACCGAUGGUUUGAUAAGCCCUGCCAGUUUGUCGUUUUCGAUAAUGCCCGCGCAGGGUUUAAUGGCGAGCACUCUAUGAUGGACGGCACCCCGACAUGCCGCCUAGUCGAGUACGUCAUGGAAUACAGCGAGCUCCAGGAGCAACAAAAGCAGCAGCAGCCAAAAAUACACAAAGUUACCGAUAUAAUCCCCUUUCAUGAGCUCAAAUUCACCACUUCUCCCGCCAUCAUCAAAGCAGUGGAGCGCGCCGAAGCGCUGUUUAACUCGGGUGUGGCACAGCAGCACCUUUAUGUGCUAAACUUUGUGGCCUACGGCAAGGAACAGAUCAAGCAGCUGGGUUGCUCCCCGGACGCGUACAUCCAGAUGGUCAUCCAGCUUGCAUACACGCGCCUCCACGGCAUUGCGCGACCAACGUACGAGUCCAGCAUGACGCGCCAGUUCCUCCACGGCCGCACGGAAACCUGCCGCUCAGUGACCACUGAGAGCACUUCAUGGUGUCGGUCAAUGGACACGGAGGCGUGUCCGCGGCAGGAGCGCAUACGCCUGUUUCGCCUGGCAUUAGAUAGACACACAAGGUUGACCAGGGAGGCUGUCGAGGGUCUGGGCGUUGACCGCCAUCUUUUAGGCCUGCGAAUGUGUUUGCACGCUGACGAGGAAAUGCCUGCGUUGUUUGAGGAUUCUGCGUAUGCGUACUCGUCGCAUUGGUUUUUGUCAACGUCGCAGAUUUCGAGUGAGAAGUUUGCCAGCUACGGGUGGAGCGAGGUGACGCCUAGGGGGUAUGGAAUUGCAUAUAAUAUUCGCCGCUUGUGUUUGGUUAUCCAUAUUACGUGUAUACGCAAUGAGCAUGGGCUUGAUUCGGAGAAAUUGGCUGGCCAUUUUGAGACGGCUGCCAUGGAUGUGCGCGAUAUGAUGUUGUCGGAAGGCAGUUUAAAAUAAAAAUUGUAAUCGUUCACUCAAGUUCUGUCGAAUGAUUAUUUUAUUAUUGUUGUCAUAGUCGUCGUUGCCAUCGAUUAACGGACAGGACACGGUCUUUAUAUAUGUAUUUUACAAUAAUCCAAUAAUCCAAUAUACGAAUGCAUGCGCGGCGGAAAAGCAAAAAAAACAAAACAAAAAACGCUAUGCUGAUUUACUGCACGUGAAGUGUCAGAUUUCCCCCUCCCUCAAAACAACCCCCAAUAAACCAAC